AUGAACUGUGAAUUAGUUCUCUCACUAGGCUGGAAUAAUCGGUAUCCUGAGAAAGGAAAUCAUUCUGAAAUCGCUCUGCCUGGAUUAACUGCUCAGAAAUCAGCCAUAUCCACUAUAAAGCAUACUUUGUUUGCUCUUGGAAAGCAUAUUCCUCAAAACCUUGGUAAUAUCACUGAUUGCCAGACAAACAGAACAAAGUCAUACAUGCUGUCAAGGUACAGUUUCUCUAAUCAAGCAGGACAAUUGGAGACUAAUGAAAAGUCCGGUGCUUCUGUAAAAAUUAUUCGAAAUUCAAAUAACUUGGAGCCUGAAAACACCCGUCAUUAUCAACAGACAUAUUUAAAACUGCCGUAUCAAUGUUCAACGCCGAAUAUUUCCGGUCUAACGGUAAACUCCUAUUCAAGACCACAAAGUAGAAUAAGUAAGUUGUCUAAGGUUGGCAAAAUGAAACUAGUUAGGGGUAACGUUGGCAGCAAUAUCGCAGCAAGUACUGCGACUACUACUACUACUACAAUUACUAACAAAAGUGGUAAUAAACUUUCUAAACUCGGUGCAAUGUCAACAAAACUUAAUCGUUAA